ACCUUGCACAUUCCAAUGGCGCUGGCAAGAAAAAGCGUUCUGCACCUUGCAGUGCUUGCAUUAGUCGCUCAGAUCUGUACUUCUCAGCACUGGUCUUAUGGCUGGCUUCCAGGUGGGAAAAGAAGCAUUAAUGAGUUACAAGCAUCUUUAGAGAUGAUGGAUAAUGGGGAUUCGGUCAGCUGCUCCGAAGAACCCAAUCCUCACUACAUAUUUGAAAAACUGAACACAUAUGAGUUAUCAGAUACAGGGGUAAGAGAAUUUCCCAAAAAGAAGAGAUCGGUGUUUUACAAAGAGAAAUGACUGGAAAAUCAAAUGAUUUUAACUUUCAUAGAAAUGUACAAUAAAGUAUUAAUGUAA